AUGCUCGGCAAAGCCUUGGAACAUCCCCUUCGCCAGUCCAGCGCCAAUCUGAAAGCGUCAUUAUCGUCUGGUCAAUUCUUCUUCAACAACCUGGGCCGCCACUCACCUCGGCCUCUCCCUCGACCGCUCCUCCCUCUGGCACUGCGUACUCGGCCAUGCAUUCGGCUUGCUGAAAACCACCAUUCCAUUCACCUCAACUCGCGCAUCAUCUCUACUCUCACCGCGCCGCCCACCUCAACUUCCAUCUCUUUUCCGCCUCGCACUCCCGCUCCUCCCACUCUGAACCACUCGCCUCGCAAGCUUGGGAGAAUGACCGCAGCCAUGCAUUCUCGGGUGGACCAGAUUCUUGCCGAGAAUGCGGCCAACAGCGUGCCAGAGGAGCCCAGCUCCCCCUCGCUGGCACCUUCUCUCACAUACUCGGAGUCGGCCGACGAGCACGACUUGGAGGAACCCCACCCUGAACCCCCACGACGCCGACGCGCCUCCACCAGACUCAUUGCCCAGAGCGCAGCAGACAUCCAGCGCAUCACGGGCGAGUCCACUGCCCAAUUGAUCAACCGGUGCUGCGGUGGCGGCUGCUGCAUGAAGUUGGAGGGCAAGAAGGAAGGCAUCGAGUACGAGCGCGUGCAGCUGCCCGACAAUGACGCAUUCCGCUCCCUGCUCCUCAAGAUCGACGAGAUCCCGACCAGCCUCACCAAUGUUGCCGACUACCCCGAGCAAACCGUCUUCCUGGAAUCCAUACGCCAGCCUUCGGUGCCUUCGGUCCCCUCGCUCUCUCCCACUGACUCUGGCAUCUCCCUUGGCGACGACAAUGACAGCGAAACCCCGAUUGCAGAGGCGCAAAAGACCUUGGAGAGCCUCAGACUCGAGGACCUCGACACAUCCAUCCAACCGCCCUCCUUUGUGCAACCCCACCCUCCAUACCACGUUUUCCCCGCCCGCAUCGAGAACACGCGCGAGCUGACGAAGCAGGGUGCCGAGAAGCGCACCUUCCACUUCGACAUUGAUAUCACCAACUACCCCGAUCUCGAGGCUGGCGAGUUCAAGGUCGGCGGCGCCAUUGGCAUCACCGCCCCGAACGAGGACGCCCGUGUCGACGAGAUCCUGGACCUGCUGAUGAUCCCGCGAUACCUCCGCAACAAGCCCGUCCUUCUGCGCACCACCAAGGGCCGGUGGCCGACGGUCUGGGGCGAGGAUCAGCCCCGCCAGCUGGUCACCACCCGCCGGGACAUCCUCACAUGGUGCUGCGACAUCGCCUCGUACCCUCCCACGAAGCCCAUCCUGCGCAUCCUGGCGGAGCAUGCCACCGACGAGGCCGAGAGGAAGGUCCUGUUUUUCCUCUGCUCGGGCGAGGGCCAGGGCGUCUUCUGCGACUUCAGGACCGGCCCCCACAUCACCCUCGCUCAGCUGCUGCAGGCCUUCCCCAGCUCCAAGCCGCCGCUAGACGAGAUCCUGUCACACCUGCAGCAGCUGAUGCCCCGCUUCUACUCGCUCUCCAACGACCCCCACGAGUCCUUCUCCGUCCGCGACGGCAAGCAGCACCGCAUCGUCGAGAUCGCCGUCACCGUGCACACCACCCACGACUGGCAGACGGGCACCCGCAACGGCGUCGGCUCCGGCUUCUUCCAGCGCCAGGCCCUCAGGUUCAUGGAGGAGCGCGCCAAGGGCGUCAAGGAGCCGCAGCUGUUUGUGCCCAUGUUCAAGGGCCUCAUGUCGAACCCGCUGGCCAAGCAGUUCGUCUCGGACGGGCCCAUGCUGCUUAUUGGUGCAGGCGUGGGCAUCGCUCCCUUCCGCGGCUUCGUGCAGCGGCGCCUCAAGACGGCCAACUGCGCUAACAAGGUCUGGGUCUUGCAGGGCAUCCGCGACUCGCUCGUCGACGAGAUCUACAGCGGCGAGUGGGGCGUGCACGAGGACGAGGUCAAGCGCGUGGUGCAGAGCCGCCGCGGCGAGGGCAAGUACGUCCAGGAGGAGGUGCGCAACCAGUCCGACCUGGUCUGGUACAUCAUCAACUCGGUCGACGGCCGCGUCUUUGUCUGCGGUAGCAGCAAGGGCAUGGGCGAGGGCGUCGAGGACGCCCUCGUCGACGUGGCCAUGGAGAAGGGCAACCUCGGCCGCGAGGAGGCGCGCAACUACUGGCAGCUCAAGAAGGAGGCUGGCCAGUACAUUGCCGAGACGUGGUGA